UUUGUUUGCUGUUGUUAUAAAUGCGGAUGAUAAUUGUGUUGGUGGUACUCAAAACUUAAAAAGAAAAGAAAAUAACAGAACAUUUCUCUGCUUCUUCUUGGGAUUCCAUAAGUCUUUUGAAGUAUGUUUUAUGGUGUCUGAUCUGUUGAUUCUGUGUCCUUUUAUCUCUGUAAAUAAACAGAGAAGAUAAAUGAGGAAGUCCUCCUAGGUUUGAAGUUUGUUUUGAUAAGUAUGGUUCUGUAGUAUAAAAUAGUGGAAGACUUAGGAGCUUGUUAGAGAUUUGGUUUUUUUUUUGGUGAUUCUCCUUACAAUCAUAUGGUUAUUAAUCAGAAAGCAAAUCUCUCAUUUAUUUUUCAAGAAAAAGAUGAAAGAGUAUAGAGAUUUGGUAUGAAUUACCAGAAGGUUUUGUGAUAGAGAACCCAUGAAACUUUCACUGAGACAUCUCAAUCUGUAAACUUUACUUAUCUAUUCAUACCAAAUUGAUUUGCUCUGCAAGACUUAUCACAGUUUUUUCUUUACUUAAGAAAUAUGUUUUGUUGGUUUCAUUUUUUGCUUCUUGUUCUGGUUUAAGGUUGGACUUGAGUUAUAUAACCUUUUAGUUUCUAGCAGAGUGAAGAAAUAGACUCAAGUAUUCUGUUCUAGAAUUGUCAUAUUUUCUUUCAUAUAUAAGUAGGCUCUAACAAGAAUUCGUUUUGGUUCAUUAUAUAUUUGGCAAUUCAGAGUUAAAGAUUUGGUGGUCAUUGUCUGAUGGAGUGUAAUGCAAAGCCAUCGUUGCAAUGGGAAUGGGAAAACUUAAUAUCUUUUGGUGCUUCAUCAGCUGAAACUCCUAGAAAGAUUAAACCAAUGGAGUGGGAACUUGAUGGGUUUGAUUGCACAUCUCUGUAUUCUUCAAACUUUGCUGCAGUAGGUUAUGGUGGUAGUUCAGGUUCUGAUAUAGCUCAUGCUUUCUCCAAAAGCUCAAAGUCAGCUUCCAUUAGCUCUUCAUCAGCUGAAGUGAGAACAUACAAUUUUACAUCAGAAGCUGGUGAAAGUCUUCCAGGAGAAUUAGGCAGCAGUGAAGAGUUUGCCAAGGGAAUCAAUACUUCUCCAAGUCUUGAACUAUCCUUUGGCUCUGGUGAUCCGGUUCUCGGUUUAAAGCUUGGUAAGAGAACAUACUUUGAAGACUUUUGGGAAGUGGAAAAUGGAAAAGGUUUAGGACUUCCAGUGAGCCUCGCGUCAUCUUCUGUUUCUCCGGUGAAGAAAGCAAAACCAAUUUCUCAGAGGUUACAAACUCCUCACUGUCAAGUUGAAGGUUGUAAUAUUGAUCUCUCAUCAGCUAAAGACUAUCACCGUAAACACCGGAUUUGUGAAAACCAUUCGAAGUUCCCUAAAGUUGUCGUGAGUGGCGUUGAGCGUCGGUUCUGCCAACAAUGUAGCAGGUUCCACUGUCUCUCUGAGUUUGAUGAGAAGAAACGUAGCUGUCGCCGGCGUCUCUCAGAUCACAAUGCAAGACGUCGCAAGCCAAAUCCUGGGAGGACAUAUGAUGGGAAACCACAGGUGGAUUUUGUAUGGAACAGAUUUGCACUUAUCCAUCCAAGAAGUGAGGAAAAUUUUCUAUGGCCAAGUUCGAAGCCCGUACCAUCAAGAGGGUUAAUGCAGCAACCUACAAAGACCGAGACUUCCAAUAAGCUGUUCACCGAGCACUGUGGAUUUGGAUUGUUGGACCACGAAACCAAAACCGCAAGAGCUGAGUUAUUCAGUAAAGAAAAGGUCACAAUCUCUUCACACAUGGGUGCUUCUCAAGAUCUUGAUGGUGCUCUCUCUCUUCUGUCAAAUUCAACAACAUCAUGGGACCAACCGAGACGUUUUUCCCUUGAUCACCACCAUCCUACAAGAAACCUCCAAUCCGUGGCUCACCGGUCUGUGACUCAACUCAAUUCAGUGUCCAACUAUUGGCAGCCGGAUCCACCAGCAGUUGAUGGCCCAACCACUCAGCAUAGAAAUGGGAUAGGCCAGUUUAAUGAGAACUACUUCAGCUUGAACCAGUUCUAUAACUAAAUAUGUAUGAAUGCCCUUAAAAUCCUAAUAAGAUAUUAAAUGUUAAGGAUCAGGCAAAGCCAGUGUUAAGUUAAGAUUGGAGCUGUGAAACUUGCAAGACACCAAAUCCUCUCUUAUUCUGUUUUGUUCAAAUAUUUUGCAUGGGUUAGAGA